AUGUCCGCCUCCAUAACAGCAAAAGAAGUCAAAGACCACGCAUCCCCAGACAAUGGCCUCUACAUCAUCAUCGACAAUGCAGUCUACUCGAUGGCCGAAUUCGCAGACGAACACCCCGGCGGCGCCAAAAUCCUGAAACGAGUGGGUGGAAAAGAUGCGAGUAAACAAUUCUGGAAAUAUCAUAAUGAGGAUGUGUUGAAGAAGUAUCAGAAGAGGUUGAAGGUUGGUGAACUUAAGGAGGAGGCGAAGCUAUAA